AUGGCGCUCCUGGCGACGCGACGAUGUUUCGCGUCCGCGAUCGACCGCUCGAUUCCGAGUGUACGCGCGUUCGUCGUCGAGCGCGCGCGCGAUGAUGUUGAUUCGGUCGAACGGGACAUCGCCGUCGUCGACGUCUCGCUCGCGUCGAGGAAAACUCUCCCGUCGCCGCUGAACACGUUGCGAUCGCGCGAUUGGGCCUUGCUCGAGCACGCGGGCGCGGGUGCGUCGUUCGCGAGCGCGCCGGCGAGUUUCGUGACCAGAGACGGCGUGUUGGUCGCGCGGACGGGACCGACGACGACGGCGAUCGGACGAGACCGCGCCUUCGUUUUCGAUGCCAGAUCGAGCGUGGCGAAGAGGACGGCGGAGAAGAUCGCGCGGUGGAAAGCGGUCGACGGUGGGAAGGGGGAGUCGUUAUCGAUUCAGGAUUUUCCGACGUUCGCGCUGGAGUGCGCACUGACGGAGAGCUCGAGGUAUUACGAAGACAAGUUAUUUCGGUUGAGACGGUUGGCAGCUCACAGCAUCGAUGAGAUUUCGGAGGUGUUGCAGCUCGGAAGCGCGCGGGCGUACGCGGCGCCGCCGUUCCAAAAGUUACCGCCGAUUCGUAGAGCGGUAAAGGAGUUGGAGGAGGAUGUACGACAGUCACUGGAGGCGUUACAGGCGGCGGCGACGACGCCGGGUUUGUUGCCGAUACCGAAAGAGCACGGUAGAACGGAGAUAUCGAUUACCGCGGAAGAGAUCGAAGAACGGGACGAGGCGGUGACGGAUGUAUUGUCGUCGCACGCACGUAGGAUGGCAGCCGUCGGCGGCCUCAUCGCUGAACUCACGUCGGAUCUCAACAGCGCGAGAGAGCUGUGGGAGCUCAAGCUCGAUGGUGAUCGAACGCGUACGGUGCACAUGAACCUUCGAGCGACGAUAAUCGCCACCUCUGCCGCCAUGGCUUCGGUGCCGGCGGCGCUUGGUGGGAUGAACAUUCCGCACGGUUGGGAAGAGGCACCAGUUAUGCUCUUUUGGUGCAUCAGUGGGGGCAUCCUAUGCGGGUCCGGUGCAAUGUGGUACAUGUUCUUGCGUCGAAUCGAAGCUGCGGCAAAAAUAACCGAUUUACACGCCAGCGAACUCGCUUCACUACAGUUCAUUCUCAACAACAUGGAUUCGCUCGAGAACGUCUUCAGUGGCGUCACUCAAAACCAACACUCGGUUACUAAGGAAGCCCUUCGAGACGCGAUGGCGCUCGAUGCCUCUCGUGACAUUGGUACCCCAUCGCAUGAUGAGAUCUUAACCACAUUAUUCAAGGUGUUCGACGUGGAUAAGAGCGAUCGUAUAUCAAAAAAGGAGUGGCGUCGCUCGUGA